UACCUAAGUCGCACUUUUUCGCGUGCUCCAUGACGCGCGAUCUCGUUGAAUUUUACGAUUCCAUAUUUCUAUGAAUCGGUACAAAUAAAAAUAGAUGUGAUGUGCCAGUGUUAAAAUCUAUCACAUAAUCUUUAACAGGCGAAAACAUCUACCGUCUAAAAAGAAAAGACAUUCGAAUUUUGAAAGUGAUUUAAAAAAUAAAUUUUUGUUUACCGCCUAUAUUGGUAAACGAGUGACAUCGAUCGAGGACUUGUUUUUGGUUGAGGAAAAUUUUGCGGGGGCAGCUAGAUGAGCGAUGUUAAGCGGCCGACAGUCCGCUGGCAGCGGUCGAUACAGAGCGUGCACUACGACCUGCCGCGGCCGAGCGUGGAGGUCACGCGGCCGCUGCGGAUGCCGCACGAGCGGGAGAUUCAGGCGUACGACAGGCAGGUGGCCGGCCACACUGCUACCAGCGGCAAGAAAUACCUGGGUCUUCUCCAAUGCAACGAUGGGACGAUACUUAAGCCCAUCAUAAAGGAGGCGCAACGACGAGAAAUGGAGUUUUACGAGCGGAUCACCACCGCCACUGAGCCGGAUUUGAUUGAAUUGAGCCGACUGGUACCUCGAUACGUGGGCAACAGACAGUAUACUUACAACGGUCAUCAGCAGCAGUAUAUCGUGUUGGAGGAUCUUACGCAGAACAUGUUGGAGCCUUGCAUUAUGGACGUUAAAAUUGGACGCUGCACGUGGGACCCUCUGGCGACAGAAGAGAAAAUCAAGAACGAGCAAAUAAAAUACGCGGCGUGCAAGCAGCAGUACGCAUUCUGCAUCCCCGGGUUUCAGGUGUACCAGCUGGCUACCGGACAGCUGCACAAGUAUGGCAAGGACUACGGGAAGAAGCUGCAGGGGGAUAUGGUCAUUGAUGCAAUAAAGAAGUUCCUGAACGUGAGCGAGGGCGCGGUGGCGCGCGCGCUGCUGCUGCGGCUGCUGGCGGCGCUGUGGCGCGCGCAGCGCUGGGCGCGCGCGCAGCGCUCGCUGGCGCUGCGCGGCGCCUCGCUGCUGCUGCUCUACGACGCGGCGCGGCUCCGCCGGUGCUGCGCCAGCGAGCCGCCAGCCGCGCGGCGGCGCUCCAUCCACUCGACGCACAGCCCCGCCUCGGGCUCCAACUUCAGCGGACAGAUCUCAAACAAAGGCCCCGUCUACAAGAAACUCAACCCCGUCUCGAUCACCCCCAUGUCCGUAGCCCAAACAUCUUUCUCCCCCCCGCCCCCCAUAAACAGCCCGUGGAACGACAUUCUGGAAAAACUGAACCACAACCACUCCUUUGACCACAAUUACGAAGAUAAACUGAGCAAAAUAAAAAUGAAUUUCCGAGCGACCCUCGAUCAAAUGUGCAGCGAUUCCCCGAAUCCUAAUCCUUGGGGAACCGUGAAAAUUAUUGACUUCGCGCAUGCGUUCUUCAAUGAAGACGACGAUUUGAGGACCGACGACAAUUUCUGCGAGGGCAUAGACAAUUUGGUCAAGAUUUUCGAGUCGUUUCUCAGAGAGACCAACGAUCAAAUUAUGUGAUACAUUAAAUUUAAAAUUAUGGUUGUAAAGUCGUAUUAAAAAACCCAAUUUUUUUAUUACUUUACAAUGAGAAGAUUAUAUAAUAAACAAAGACGUAAUAGACUAUUUCUAUCAAAUUGUAAAUAACAGUUUCUAUGGAAAACAUUAUCUAAAUGUUACUGUUUUUAAAGUAUCCUAAAAUGCUAAUAAAGUUUAUUUAUUGUUACUUUCGUUUUGUCACUGGAUUCUAAUCUAGUGAUUAAGAAAUAUUUACGCAUAUAAGUGUAUAAUUCAAAGACUUAUGAAAAUAAUAGUAUUUUGUAUUUGCUCAAUAACUAUAUAGGUCUUUAUAGUAGUAACUUUCAUAGUCGGUUUUAGUGAUCAAUUGAUAAAAUGUAUCUUUCGAAUUAAAAAAAUAAAUCUAUGUACAGUCAACAGCACGUCAACCUACACAAAUUCAUUGCAAACUCGCCGCUAUUAUCGCUCUACAGAGGUUCAUGCAGGGUAACUUGGUGUGCUGUUGACUGUACUAGUUAUCAUUGAUUAUAAAAUCAGACACUUUUUUAUCACAUUACUAUAACGAUAUUUAAUAAUGUAUAAUUUCAGUCAAUUUUAAUAUAAUUGAUGAGAAGAGUACCGUUGAAACAUAUUAUUGUUUUGCAAAGGUAAAAAAAAAUACAAGUUUCGCUUUCGCAUUAUAAAUAUUUAUUUCGAAAUCAGCCAAAAUUAUUUUCCCAAAUAAAAUAAUCUAUAAACUUAAUAUAUAAUCUAAUAUGAAAUGAUUCGGGUCCACUUGGCGAGCGACUGAUACACAUUACACGUUGCUGCUGUCCAAGAGCGAGUUCCACACGAGAAAUAUUUAACCUAAUUUUCACUGAAGAACAAAAUUGUGUAACACUAUGAACGAAGCAAGUGCAUACAACAUUAUAGCCUGUAAAUGCACUAUAAUUUGUUACUAAGGCAGGAAAGAAAGAGAACCAAGAUUAUUUUUUCUGCCAUUUAUUUGCAACUAUAUUGCCAUCUCGCUCAUACCAGUUGUUCGAACUCGACGGGAAUACGUUUUCAUUGGAGCGAGAAUUAAUUUUGGGUGUUCAUAAUUUUUCCCUCUGCUUUAGAAACGAUGUAUAACCGAAUUACUAAUGUGUCAAUAGCAUUAACCUUUAUUUUAUCAACUUGCCAUUCGCUCUAGUCCAAUAGUGCAAAACUCCCUCACACAAACGUGCUUAGAUCGCUUACAAUAAAUAUGUGAACAAAUAAAACAAUUUAUGACAGUUAAUUAGCUAUUUACCUUUGAGUGAAAUAUAAAUAGACAUUUGAAAUAAAAUCCUAAGACUAUGAGUAUUUAUAGCGAAUACACUCAAAUAUAAACGACAUAGAUAAUAUUAACAAGAAUUUAUUAAAAGCGUCCGACUCGUGUGGAACCCGAUCAAAGACUGAAGUUUAUCAAGAUGGCCGCCACUUGACACACAAUUUUUGACGUGCAACGAGACGAAUGUCAAAAAUUAUAGCUAAAUUGUUUUUACUAAGUGUUAUAUCAAAUACAAUUUAUAUAUUAUGCAAAUUAUCUAUAGACACACCAUUCUGCUAGUCAUUGCAAAGUUAACACACCCACUAGUAUUUUAUGAUACUUCACACAUACACCGUUUUAUUCUAAGUUACAAAAACACCAUAAUUAUUAAUAUUAAACACGUUUUAGGCCGUGUUGUCGAAACUAAUGAUUAGAAAAAUAUAAGUCUUAAAAAUAGCGGGGUAAGUCCUGUGUAUAGCACAAAAUGAUUUUAUUUAUAAACUAAAAUAGCACGAACUCGUCUCAUUACACGUCAAAGGUUAAAUUUAGAUGAAUCUGUCCUGCUUCGCUCCAAUGAAUUCAAAAACAAUAAAUUGCGCGAUUUUUCACUCUGUGUAAACUGAAAUAUUUUUUUCUCACAACAGUAUCAUUCAAUUGAGUGAGGCAAGACGUGUUACUUCACUUGUGAAAUCGCUAAGAUAGAGAUAAAACUUUAGACACAAAUUAUGUCUGUUUUAUUUCACAUGUACACAUAAAUGCAUGAAUGCUCCCGCAAGAUUAUAGUAAUAUAAUCUUUUCACACGCCUCUUUUAUCUUAAAUUCACAAUUAAAAGAAGCGAAGCGGCUCAAGUAGGCAAAAAAUGAAUAAAAUAAAUCAUUGUUAUAAUAAAAAAUAGAAUAUUUCAAAUAAUCACUAAAUAAUAUACAAAUCUCAACUAUGCAAAUCACUUUAAAAUCUAAUUUUACAGUCAUCGAGGUUGCACAAGAUGAUUGUAUAAGAGGAUUUUAAACAGUAUUUACAAUAACAGUCCGCCAAGCGCCCGGCAGGCGUUACAAAUGAAAAUUAAUUAUAGCAUUCAUUAAUCUAAUGUUACAGAAUGUGAUAUACGACAACAAAUGACAGAAACCAUACCAACUAGCACGAAAUAAAGCACCUCCAGUAACUAAGGGCGAUAUUUUUUAUUUUUUUUUUAUCAUUACAAUAAUAUAUUUUUUUGAUAAUUUUUUCAGAUUAUUUCAUUACAAAAAAAGAAAAAAAAAACAAAACACACACAUGGCAGAAGAUUUUUAACAUUUUAAUCUUAAUUUAGGUCAAAUAUUAUAUCACAUUUUGUUCGACUCAGACGGAGACCGACGUCGGUUUCGCGCGGAAACUGACGCGACUCUCCCCACGAAUCAGGCCUAAAACAGUGCUCUGUGUACAUUAUCAUACCGGUAAGUUAUGAUCCAAGAAGGAUAAGCACUCAAAAAUCUAUAUUUGAUUACUUAUGGCUAUUUUCCCCUUGGCCAUUAUUGGAAAAUAAAAGAACUUUAAAAAUCGUCGAAUAUAAUUAUAACACUUUCCCGCCGACGUCAAUUUAACAAAUCUAACUAAAUAAAACGAUUUUUCGUACUAAAUGGAUGUUACUUGCUAUUUUCACACGCGCACAGUAUGAUCACACCUCUCCGCGUUAAACGUUAUUUCAAUUAUCACUAAAACUUUAUAAAACAUUGAAAUCCUACCCAAAAUUCAAAAUUUUUAUACAUAAUCUAUCCCUUAAAACGCGAACAUAAUAUCAUGAAAAAUUUAGGCAGAUUUUAAGAAUUCCUCGUUUAAAAUUAUUUUCAGUAUGUAUGUAUAAAUAUUUUUUCAUACGUUCCAAUGAUAUAUGAAGUUUACGUUGAGCAUUGUUUUAGGCCAUAGUAUUAGUACAAGCAUCGCAUACAACUAACGAAACUACGAAGGCAUCGUAUCCAUAGUCAAUUUUACAUUCUCAUCACUCAAUUAUAGGUAAAUACUUGCCUACAUAACGUGUGCAAUUCAUCGGUUAGUUUGUAUUAAAGCUGUAAAUUCAAAGCAAAUUAUGCAAUAAUAGAAAUGUACGAACAAAGUACACGAAUAGACCUUAUACAAAAUAACCAAAAUUCAGUGAUAAAUAAAAUUCAUGGAAACAAAUUAAAAAUAAUAGCAAUAAGAACGUUAUGUAGGCUUGUGCUGAGUAAUUUGUUACCUACCGUUUUUAAAGUCAUUUUUUUAUAUGUGUAUAUCAAAUGCGGUAUUGUAAUAUUACACUUGUAAAAUAAAAAUAUUAAUGUUCAUCCGUUAAAAAAAAUCUGUAAGUAUACACACAUAAGGCUCACAUUUAAUAUACAAAUAUUAUAUUCUCAAUUUACAAUAAUUUGUCUUACUUGAAGUCUGAAUAACGUCAAGCUGAGGUCUUAUCUUAGUAGCUUGAAAAGAGGCUUCAAAUAAAACAUAGAUUUUGAAAUCAUACAUCAUAUAAUUAGGCCACGGAAGUGGUACAAUUUAAAUACAUUAGAAAGAGUCAAGAAAAAAUGUAAAUGAAUCUAUAAAUUAUUUUACACUACCAUUAAAUACCUACUAAUAGUGGUCACUUCUGACAGAAAACAUUUAAGCUACACGCAGUGCAAUUUGGUACGAAAAUAAUUUAAGUCCCAUUUAGAUUUUUUCAAAUAUUUAAGUUUUCCCACUUCCGCAAUUAGAUUUUUUUUAAUUCGAUGCGUUGCAGUGUCGAUGCCUGUCCUAAGGCCUUCGCGGCUACCGGUCGUCAUAUUAUCUGUAUAUAUUUAUAGAUCGAACUGUAUAUAUUCUCCGUUGACUAUAUUUACACUGCGUUACAUAUGCGAUAAUAUGUGAUAGGAUAACAAUUUAUAUACAAACUAUUUUUAAUGUGUAUACAGUUCUAACAUUUAUCUUGUAAAUGUAUCUUCUAUAUUUAUAAAAAAACUAUUAUCAGCGUUCCCAUGUCAAAUAUAUUGUAAUAUCAGUAAAUAAUAAUUCAUAGGAUUUGCAGAAAAAGUAGGAACGCGGACCUGGGCUCUAUCUAAUCAGAUUCAGAUGAAAGAUAAUGUGAUGAUGAAUGUCAGAACUAAAUUUAAUUAUUAAAAUUUUAAAAAUCAGCGAGCUGGAAUCAUACCCACAUCACUGCUUUGGAAUAAUGCUCUUAACCAAUGAGCUAUAUAGACCAUAUAUAAAAAUGCAAAUAUCAAUAUAAAAUCUCGGAACUGUACACACGUUAGAAUUAUAACAGGAAUAUGUUUAUUAAAAUGUCGUUUCCAACCAUUACACAGAUACCUUAGUCACUAGCAACGCACAGCAACACAUAUUUACACGACAUUAUAUAAUCAGCAGUAUUGAAAACUAUUAAUCCACAUAUAUAUAUAACCUCACCUUAUGGAGGGAAGUCGUUUAUGAUGUUUUGCUCACUACGUCGUAAGCGAUUGGUCUACAUCAGGCUUUCUUUUUUCGUGGAAUUAUAAUAUACAGCUCUUUUUUUUUUGGAAAGUAGAAUCUAUAAGAAUAAAAUCUUUCGUUCAUUUCUGUGUUUUAAUGUAGGAAACAACGCAUUUUUUUU